GUCUAUUCCGUGAGUUGCAAUAGGAAUAAUCAAACCUAAUCUUGGAUCGUGAGAUAACUACGGCAUUGGCAUGAUGGAGUGGCUGCCAUUUCUAUUAUUAUUAUUAUUACAUUUUUGUAGCAAAGGUGUUGCAUUGAAUGAAUGUUCGAGGUGUACAUGUUGUUAAGGUGGACUCUCCGUUUGUCAAUACAACAACGCUAUCAGUGAUUACUGUUUAGACGGCUGUAUUGAUGGGUAUUAUGGUAAUCGGUGCACUCACGCUUGUUUGAACAACUGUCAGACUUGUUCAAAUGCACAUUCCUGUACAAAUGUCUCAGUGGAUACUAUGGUAAAUUUUGUCAAAUAUGUCCACGUAACUGUUUAAGCUGUGUCAGCUCAAACACAUGUGAUAGCUGUAAAGAUGGAUUUUAUAAUGGAAGGAUGUAUGACAGCAUCCUUUAUCCGUUUUAUUCUGAUUGUAGUCUGAAAUGCAAGGAAAAUUGUAAGUUAUGUACAUCAUAUAAUACAUGCACUGAAUGUGUAGAUAGAAAAUAUAACUACAAUUACACCGACUGCAGACAGAGCUGUAAAUUAGAAUGUAAAACGUGCACAUCAUAUAACAACUGUACCUCGUGUAAACCUGGCAAAUACGGAUCAUCCUGUCAGCACGACUGUGGACUUGGCUGCGACAAUCAUCAAUGCGACCUUGAUGAUGGGAGUUGUAUCUGUAUAUCAAAUUUUCAGGGUGAUAAAUGUGAUCAAUGUGUUAACGGUAAAUACGGUAUAACAUGUGACUUCGACUGUCCCACAGGUUGCGCAUAUGAUUUAUGUAAAAGAAAUGGUGGGUGUUACAGUUGCAAGAUUAGGUUUACUGGCAAAAUGUGUAAUCAGUGUGAGUAUGGUAAAUAUGGACCUGAUUGUAACAUUCCAUGUCCAUCAGGUUGCAAUGGCACUUGUAAAAAUAAUGGCGAUUGUCACAAUUGCAAGGCUGGAUUCACUAGAAGUAAAUGUGAUCAAUGUGUCGACGGUAAGUAUGGAAUCAACUGUGAACAUGAUUGUCCAAAAACCUGUGCGCUGGCAAGUUGUAAUGGCACAACUGGGAUGUGUAAUGAUGGCUGUAGAAUCAACUAUUACGGUGAGCAGUGUAACAAGACAUGUGCGACGACAUGUUUACCAGAUGACGAAGGUAGAAGGUGUUUUCAUACAAAUGGAAGUUGCGUAAAAGAUUGUCAAAACGGAUACCAUGGUGAAAUGUGUCAAGACCGUUGCAGUGAAAACUGCAUUAAUAUUAUCUGUUCAAGAGCAAAUGGUGCAUGUAAACUCGGCUGUGUUGGAGACUUUGAAGGAAAUGAUUGCAUGAAAGCUAUCUCAAAGAUCAUAUCCGAUUGUGAUAACACGGAUGAUUCUUCGAAUGUCGGUGCAUUCAUUGGAGUUGGAGUUGGGUCUGUGGCAGUUACUCUUGUUGCUGUUGGGAUAUUCAUUAUAAUAAGACGAUACCAAAGACAUGGACAUAUUAGAAAGCGCAAACCAGAGCAGGAACAUGCCAUUGAGUUAUCAGCUGCCCCACACGAUAACGUUAAAACAACUCCUGCCUCGGCGAAUAUAACAACAAAUACAGAUGCUCACUAUGAAAAUACACCAGUUCCUGUUUACGAAGAAUUAAAAGAGAGUAACAAAGAAUCAAGUACAUACAGCCGUAUUGAUGUAGCCAGCACCAACUAGACAGAUCAUUUUCAUGCUCAUAAUAAUUGAACGUAUGUGUCACUAUUGUGUACAUCAGCAGAACUCAAUAUCUGCAUAAUAUCAGUAACGAAUCUCUUAAAUAUCAUAUUUUACUCCCUGAUCAUGUGCAUAUGAUACUAUUGCAACAAAGUAUUCCUAUUAAAUUGACAAUGAAUAAUGUGUGAUAAAUGUUAGACUAGGCAGAAUUAUAAAUGUCGCACCAAACUCAUGAAAUUGUAAAAUGUUACACAUUUUACAAUUUAUUAUUGCAUUCCUGUUGAUUUUUUAUUAUCUAUGUGAAUAUGCUUAAUAUUCGUGUUAUCAGAUUUUACAUUAAAUGUUUUUUCACGCUCUUACAAUGAUCUUACAAUCAUCAAAGAAAUUAUGCCAUUAAUUUAAAAUCUGUUAUAUUUUUAUGAUUCUUUUCCUGUCUACGUAUAAAUGCAAUUAUGUUUAUUGUAUUGUACAAAAAUGUUGUUUGCUAAAUAUUUGUUUUAUUUCCGUGUUAUUUGUAGGUAAUGUUUCAUAAAAAUGAACAUCAACAAAACAAAAAAGUCUCAGAAAUGAAUUAGAUUAAAAACAAAUACGUGUGUUUAAACAAAAAAAAGUUUGAAAGUGUUUUAUUUGUUUUGUUAAUGAUUGUUUUUGAUUCAUUUUAGGAAAUCAUUUUCAUGAACGUUUGCACUUUGAGUGAUAUGAAUACAACUUUACUUUGUACAUGCCUUUAUUAUAAUCAGAUUUAUAAAUUAUAUACCUCUAUUAACUAUC